AUCCUUUUGCACUCGAAUUUUAUUUUUAUUGAUAGAUAUUCUCACGAUGGAGCGUCAGUCAGAAACAUCGCCUCUUUUACAUCCUACCUCUAACGACAGCAGCAGCAGCAUUAGCACAGUCGGUGCUCCCGAGGCAGGUGGUAACAUUGUUGCAUCCAGAUCAAAUACCACGCUCUACAAUGAGUUUAUUGAUCAAGAUAACAUCAGCGCUCGGGACAUGUUAAGGCAAGAGGCUGGUAUCCUGCUUUACAGGAGCAUUCCGGUGACGAUGUCCUACUUUUUGCAGUUCAGCUUCAACUUUGUCAACAUUCUCUCGCUAGGCCAUCUGGGUGCCAAUGAGCUAGCUGCCGCAGCUCUUGCAAACAUGACUCUCUUCAUGUUUGUCAAUGCUCCGUCUGUGGGGCUGGCCUCGGCACUGGACACAUUCUGUUCAACGUCGUUCACGGCGUCAAAGGAUAAAACAUUGAUGGGCUUCCACCUGCAGCGCGGUCUCAUUUCCAUUGUCAUACACUUUUUCCUCGUCCUGCCCAUGCUCCUGUACAUAACCCCGAUACUCCUGGCCCUCAAGCAGGAUGCGGAGGUAGCACAAUUAUGCGGCAAAUUUGUGACUAUGCAGCUUUGGGGAUCACUCCCCUGGAUGGCAUUUGAGUGCAUUAAGCGGUUUUUGCAGGCACAGGGUCACAUGAAAUCCAGCACAUACGUGCUGCUAGCCGUACUGCCCUUGCACCUGGCAAACAAUUACCUUUUGGUGUGGUCGCCAUACGUGGGAAUUGGCUUCCUGGGCGCGGCACUGGCCAAUGUGAUCACUUUCUGGGCAAUGCUGAUUGGAAUCCUGAUGUACUGCGUGCGCAGCGAUGCUCGCGAGGCUUGGGGCGGGUGGACAUGGCGCGCGGUGACUACAAUGGUGCCUUACUACCGCCUGGCCAUUCCCUCGAUGAUUCUGGUGUGCUCAGACUGGGCCGCCUGGGAGCUCAUGGCCAUUGCUGCCAGCUACCUCGGCACGACCACCCUGGCUGCGCAGAGUAUUGUCAUCAACACUUGUUCGAUGACCUACCAGCUGACUGCAGGCCUUAGCAUCGCCAUCAGCAACCGUGUUGGCAAUCUGCUGGGCCAGGAGCGUGCUAAAAGAUCCCGCGUCUCUGCCAAUGUUGGUAUUGUACUGGGCGCAUGCACUGGCACUAUGACGUCCCUGUUCUGUGUGGUCGUUGCUGGCUCGUGGGGCCGUUUGUACUCGAACGACCCCGAAGUCAUUGAAAAGGUGGCAUUGAUCAUGCCACUCUGCGCCUUGUUUCAAUUGGCCGACGCGAUGAACUGCGUCAGUGGUGGCGUUCUGCGCAGCCUUGGCCGCCAGUCUGCCGGGGCAUGGAUCAAUUUCCCCGCAUUCUACGCUAUUGGACUCCCGUUGUGUCUGUUCCUCACGUAUGGCUCGCCCGCCUUGGGCGUUUCUGGCCUGUGGCUCGGCUUUAGCAUUAGCGUCAUUCUGGCUGCUAUUGGCCAGCUGUACAUUUGUGUGUCGGCCGAUUACAAGGAGGAAGUCAGGAGAUGCUUGGCGCAGGUCAACAAGAACCAGCAGUUUGCCGCUGCGGGUAAUCAGGACGACAUUGUCGCUGCUUGAGCAAAUAUACAAAAAAAUAUGAUAUACACACAGAACA